CCGGGCCGCGGCGUCCGACGGCGGCCUGGCACGGAGGCGGCGAGGCGGGGGGUCGGGCGGGCCGCGCUUCCCCGGCGGCGCGCAUGGUGGGCCGGGCCGGGCGGAGGCCGGGGCGAUGGGCGAGCCGCGCUCGGCCUCGGCCUUGCCCAUGCGGCUGAAGGAGUGGCUCCUGGCGCAGGUGGAGAGCGGCCGCUACCCGGGGCUGCGCUGGGAGAGCGCCGACAAGCGGCUCUUCCGCAUCCCCUGGAAGCACGCCGCCAAGCAGGACUACCGGCAGCGGCAGGACGCGGCGCUCUUCAAGGCCUGGGCCGUCUACAAGGGCAAGUACCACGAAGGGCUGGACAAGGCGGACCCCUCGGCGUGGAAGACGCGCCUGCGCUGCGCCCUCAACAAGAGCGCCGACUUCGAGGAGGUCCCCGAGCGCAGCUGCCUCGACGCCGCCGAGCCCUACAAGGUCUACCGCCUCGUCGACGCCGACAAAGAAAAUGGCAAGGAGACCCCCUUGGAGCCAGGCCAGCCCUCCACCUCUGUGCACCAAGAGAGCAAAGGGAAUCGUAAGCCAAGCAAGGCCAGAAUGUCCUUGGAAUCAGGCCAGGAUAGCAUCGGGGGCCCAGCGGGCAGCUGCCAGGAGUCCUCAGAGCCGCAGGCUUUGCAGAAGCCAAACCAGGAAGAGCAGCAAGGCUACCAAAUAAAAGGGUUUUUUUACAACUGGAGCCCAGCACAAGUUUGCUGUCGUUCGAGUCUUUGCUUCACAAGUCCCAGUUCCCGACAUGGCUACUGUGAAAACAUCAACUCAGAUUGUUGGCUGCAUGUCCGCAUAUACUAUUCAGACGUGCUGGUGAAGGAGGUCACCACCAACUCAGCAGAGGGCUGCUGGAUCACCUACCGCCCGGUGCCAGCGGAGGACGAGUGCCUGUACGGUCUGAGCAGCAUAGAGCAGAUCCAGUUGCCCUCAAUGGAGAUGCUGGCUGGGAACAGCCAGGCGACCAGAACUGUUGGCAUCUUGCAGCGGCUGCUCCCCCAUUUGCACCGAGGGGUGCUCCUGUGGGUGGCCCCUGAAGGGGUCUUCAUGAAGCGGCAGUGCCAGGGCAGGGUCUACUGGAAGGGUCCGCUGGCGGCUCACGACGACCAGCCCAACAAACUGGAGAGGGAGAAGACAUACAAGCUACUGGACACGCAACAGUUCCUCCAACAGUUACGAGGCUACCUGAGCCAUGGCGAGCCACCCCCCCAGUACCAGAUCCACCUUUGCUUCGGAGAAGAGUAUCCUGCCGCCCCCGGUCAGAAACUCCACAAGUUUGUCAUGGCCCAGGUGGAACCGGUAUUUGCCCGUGAUCUCUUCCACCAUGCCCAGCGGCUGGGGCCAGGGUCAUUGCCAGACUCGGAGUCCUGCCGUGCGGAUGUUCCCGAGAACAUUGUCCAGAUUCUGAAAGACGUGUGUCCCCCUUGAUUCCGCAGGGAGGGCAGCGGGGGUCUGGGAGAGUGGCUGUCGACACAACAUCUCAUCUGGAAGAGAAGGCCUUACCGCUCUCGGUAGCUGCUGCCUCUACUAUCUUUGGUGUGUUUGCCAGGCAUGGUCCCGUUCUGCUUUAGGCUGUCACGUUUCUGGAAGGCAUUCACUGAACAUUUCUAAAAAAUCGAGCCAACUAGAAUGUGUAUAUAUAUAUUUUUUUAAAGAAAAAUGUCAGAGAAAUGUUUUAAAUAAAUAAUAGGCUAGGCUUAGUCCUUGCAAAGAGCAGUGGAGGACAACCCGUUUCUGGACUGUUCUGUAUUCCCUGGCAGAACAGCUGCGUCGCAAGCGCAAAAUCCAUUUUUUCAGUCCUGGCUGGCUCAGGUUACAGGAUCUGAAAUAGCUGCUGUUGGGAAAGACCCUGAAGAGACAUCGGGAAAUCUGAUUUAAGUAUCGGGCCGCUUCAUUGGGACAGGCAGAAACUGGCUGGCAGUCCCUGUGAGAGAUGGAGAAGGUCCCCGGUUCGUUGUGGUUCUUCACUUUGUAAGGGUCCAGGAGACAGUGAGAGCUAGAUGGACUGAGAAUCAAAUUCAGAGACCCUCUUCGGUUGGCAUAGCCAGAGACAAGACAGCGCACACAGAGAGGGAACAGAUCAAGAUAGGUAGCUGUGUUAGUCUGUCGCAGUAAAAAAGAGCAAGAGUCUAAUAGCACCUGUAAGACUAACAAUUUGUGGUAGCGUGUGAGCUUUCGUGAGCCACAGCUCCCUUCUUCAGAUACAGCUAGAAUGUGAGUCCGUCUGUCCUUGUAUCUUGGAGAAUGGAGUGGUUGCAGAAGCCGAAUGACAAUAGCUGGUGACUGGCAAUGGCAGGCGUGAUUGAAUUGGGUGGGGCAUGCAGAGGGCUAGUGGGUGUGAAGAAAUUAGCAUUGGUAAUGAGACAGGAAGCCAAUGUCUCAAUUCAGUCCAGGUGGAUGCAUUGUAAUAAAUGUGCAAGCCACACCUGAACACGACUGCUGGGACAUGAGUCAUGAGCAUGCAAAAUGGAAAUUGCACGUGCGUAGUUCCACCCUCUGACUGGGAACAUUUGAAAAAACUGUUAUGGGACAGAGCCUAAAUCCCUUACCACGUUGCUAUGCUUAGGCAGUGUGUUCACGUUAUAGCUAUGGGGUGGUGGUGAGACCAAAUCAUUACUAGUAGCAAAUAGUAAAGAGUCCAGUAGCACCUUUAAGACUAACCAACUUUACGGUAGCAUAAGCUUUCGAGAGCCACAGCUCUCUUCAUCAGAUGCAUCUCUCAGCCUAACCUACCUCACAGGGCUGUUGUGAGCAUAUAAUGGAGGAUAGGAGAAUGGUGUAUAAAUUGAGGUGGUGUAUAAAUAAAUAAAUGCACCCCCCCUCCACAAGUCUGCAGUUUGUGACAAGGGCCAUGUUAGAACACUGGAUUGGUUUGAAACGGAUUCAAUAUCUUGGCUUUAUCUGCUCUUGAGAAUUCCAGAAAGUCUAGGUUUGCAGUUGCUUAGAGUUCACAACAGCGCCUUUCGUUCUUUGUGCAUGGUUUAAUAAUAACUGCGCUUAUAUACUGUUCUUCUAGACAGAUUAGUGCCUCACCCAGGGUGGUGAACAAGUUAAUAUUAUUAUCCCCGCAAUACAGCUGGGGAUGAGAAGAGUGGCUGACCCAAGGCCACCUACUGAGCUCAUGGCAGGAGUGGGAUUCAAACUAGUAGAGUGCUGAGUCUCAGCCAAACCACUUAACCACUGUGCUACGGCAGUGUUGUUGCCCAAGCCCAAGCCUGAGAGAAAGGCUAAGAGAGUAACCUGCUUGCCCAGCCUCAUUCAUGUGAACUUAACAAGAAUGAAGGCGUCUUAAAUUCUUGCACCAAAAUGGGUAUGCAAGGCUUGGCCUAAAUAUUCGUUAGGACUGCAAAUUAUAACAGAUCAAGCAAAAACGGGGGUGAGGGCUUGAAGGGAGAGAGAGAAGGCGCUUUACCACUUGCACUGGGGGAUCUUGGGAUCUGCCACUUUUAAAAAAAAGUUAAUAGCAAUGAUAGGAGGCAUGAUUUGUAUCAGGACUGUGGCGCUGGGCGGUGGGGGUGUGAGAUUCUGGGAGGGCGAGGCACCACCAUACACUCGGGAUUUUUCUUGGCACGGUUUCAGUUUUCUAGCUACACUGCUAUAUUGGGGCUCUCGGCAGGAAAUUAUAAAGAAGACUAUAAACUGGGUUCGAGGUUAUAGGAUCCAGUCCUGAGUUUAAAAACAACAACCACCCAAGCCGAGAAUGUUCACUGAUGUAAAACUGACCGACACGGGAUGGUUCCUUAAGUUAACAAGAACAAAGUCUCUUUAGAAAGAACGUCCGCUUAAGAUAAACAUUAACACUUCAGUUAAACUAAAAACCAAAACACGACCUCCUCUCAACCUUAAAAUCUCCCCAUUCCCAGCUUGAAUCCACCUGCCCCCUGCUGCUAUUAAUAUUUUUUUUAAAGAUGAUAAUUAUCAUAGCUCUUGGUUUUCCUGGCUGUGGCCUGCAGAGGAUACAUUAGUAUUUUCACAAUGUCACAAGGAUGAAAAUAGUUGCACUUUUGACACCUGCUCUAAAACAAUAUCCCUCCAAGCGCAUUCUUCAAGAACUGUUCUACAGGAACAUUGUAUGCGCCUUGGAUCCCGUCUGGGUUGACAAACGGACAGUUUUCUCUUUGGGCUCCAGUUCAUUUCUCGCACAUGCCACUAGAGGGAACCAGGAACCCACUUAGCAAGAGCCUCGUCUUUAUACUACAAUCCUAAAAAGAAUUAUUCCGCUCUAAGGCCGUAGAAAUCAAUGGGCUUAGACUGCAGUAACUUUUUAGGAUCGCACUGUUAAUGUCUUUCCCUCUUGAUCUUUUUUCCCCACUGACGAUUUCACUUUCUUGGGGCUUUUCCAGAUGUUUCAAAAACUUUCUGAAGUGGUUGACCCAAUCAGUAGAGAAUUUUUACAAUGCUCGGAGCCUUUCUCAAUUGACUGUGAAUGCAAGGGGCCAUUUGUAAUGCCGAUGAGCCCUCUUGGUUAUAAACACGGGUGAUGGGGAAAAAGCUGCUUUGAGCCUUCUCUAGCUUAGAAUAGUCUUGAUGUAGAGGGUGGAAUAUUUGUGCUGCAGCGCAUAGUUCGUUGUUGCUGUUAGAAGGGUGUAAUUGUGCGUGUUUUGUUCACUUGCUUUUUGAUUGGUUGAAUGUGUACCUCAGAACUGGAUUGGAUGAGCAUAUAAAAUUAAAACAGCCAUGACAAGAGCAGUGUUUUGUCUCACACUGCAAACCAAAUCAGAAAAGAGCAGUGCAUAGUCAUGGGAUGUGGGGUACGCUGGCUGGCUGGCCUGCCUGCCUUCUGGAUCACAGGUUUCAAAGGGAUACACGUUCUUGCGACACAUCUGAAUAAUUGGGGAGGCGACUUGGUAGCCCUUGAGUGCCUGGACUGAAUUUCAUCGAUCCAUUCUGCGAACAGCAGUGCCUUCCACCUGUCACAAGAAGCCAGAGGAACCUGCCACUGUUAGCAGAAGAGACCUGUGAGAUCCAGCCGACAGAUCACGUGCUCUCUUUCCAUGGCCUCUUGAUUUUUGAAGCCUUCAGUUUGAAUUGCAUUUUGUGACUUUUUAUAUUGUUACGAUUUUGUACAUUUGGGGUUUGCAUUAUUAAAAG